GAACUUUAUGGUUCAGCGCUCACUCAACUGUUUUUGUUGUUAAUACAUUUAUUGUUAAGAUGGCAACUCUUGUUGAUGCAAUACAGAAGAAACAGGAAAAGUUGACAGAAAGUCACAUUUUAGUUGGCCACAUCCAAAAGACGUGUAGUCGUGACGGAUCGAAUAUUCUAUUUCCUACUCGGACAUUAACAAUGGACUCUCAAGAUAUAAAGAGCAUUGGUUGCAAGGAUGAAUUGCUAAAAGCAGCUGAACAUGUCAGGGAGUUAGAUUUGGCUUGUAAUCGGCUGUCUUCAUUUGAAGAGGUAUUUAAAAUUCUAUGUUGGCUUGAGAAACUUGAAUCAUUAAAUUUAAGUCAAAACCCACUAGGUUGUCAUAUCUCUGAUAAUCAAUCUUCCAAUUCAUCUUUUGAUGAAGACACUAUUGGUUUAUUAUCUACUGAAGGAGAAGAAAAUAUUCAACCCAUGAAUAGCUCUGAAUUAUCAAUACAGGAUCAAAAUUAUUUUUAUUUUAACAAACUGUCAUCUUCAUCCAAGUCGAAUAAAAUACUUCAGUCUAAACAUAAUGAAAUUGAUUUCUCACCAAUUUUUCACAGUGAAUCCCUGAAUGAUUCAAUAGAAAAAAUUAGGUCGACUAACCAUCCAAAUGAUGGUGUUGGUAGUAAUGGUAAUCUCAAACAAACAAGAGGAAAUGAACCAUCUAACAUGAAAACGCUACCAAAGCAUCCUUCAGCUCCAUCUGAACUGGCUUUAAAUUCCGGUAUUAUAUCUCCUACCACAGUGUUUCCUUGUUUAAGUGUACUAGCAUUGAAUUCGACGUAUGUACCAUGGGAUUGGGUGAUUGAUUUGCUUUAUCGACUACCAAACUUAACCGAUUUACACGUUGCACGUAAUAAUUAUGGAGCAGAAGAGCAGACUGAAGUAUCUUCUGAUCAUAAUGAUGAUAAUGAUGCCACACCAUUACCUGUAUUUCCUCAUUUACACAGUUUAUAUUAUAGCGAUAAUGGCAUAUCGAAUUGGUGGACAAUAUGUCGUUUGUGUAAACAUUUCCCUGGAUUGGAACAAUUGAUUUUAUUAGGUAAUCCUAUUGAACAUAUACCAUUUCCUCAAGAGAAUUUACAUACAUCUCAGCAUACUACAACAACAACUACUACUACUACUAAUAAUAAUAAUAAUAACAAUAAUAAUAAUACUGAUAAUAAUACAUCAAGAAAUACUUGUUAUCAGCAUCAGUGCUUAUUUCAAAAUGUACAUACAUUAGGUUUAUCAGAAACACUAAUCAAUCAAUGGGAAAGUAUUGAUGCUUUGAAUGAAUGGAUGCCUAGUUUAACCAAUUUACGAUUAGGCAAUACUUUACCUGUAUUUCAGUCUUGGAUAGAACCUGAUUGUCGAGCUCAUGUAAUUGCCAGAUUACCAAAACUUACUACAUACAAUCGAAGUGUCAUUGAUUCAGAGGAACGUGAAAGUGCUGAACGAGAAUUUGUUCGAUAUUAUGGUCAAAUUGAUCCAGAUAAACGUCCUAAUCGUUAUUGGGCUCUAGAACGUCGACAUGGUCGACUUCAACCAUUAGCUAACAUUGAUUUAUCUCCAAAACAGCAUAUUCGUGUACGUGUCACAAUGUCAGGGAAAGAAGUUUGGUAUAAUAUAAAUGUCAACUUAAAAGUAUCACAAGCUAAACGUCAUUUCUGUAAUUUAUUCAAUAUUACUAAUCAACAUGAAAUUAAACAUUUGAAAUUAUUUUAUUUUGAUCAAGUUAUGUCACAAAUUCAAGGUCCAGAAGAAUUAAAAUAUCCAAAUCGUAAUUUAUAUUCAUAUCAAAUAGAGACUGGUGAUUUAUUCGAAUUAGUACGAUAUCCGGAUUCUUGAUAAUAGAAAAUAGAACUUUUACAAAAGUACAAUAUCAUAUGAAUGUUUGUGUGUGUGUAUGUAUGUAUGUAUGUAUGUAUGUAAUUUUGUUAAUCCUUUCUCUCUUUUUUUUGUGCAACACGCCUGUUUGUAUAGUAGUCAUUGAUUUGUUUGUUUUCAUUGUCAUCGAUUUCCCCUCCCCCUCCUCUCUCUCUCUUACUCGUCAGUUUCCGUCUUUCCCCCAUUUGUCAUAUUUACUCCCCAUUCACAAUAUAAUAGUGUAUAUUCAUCCGUUCAUUCAUUCAUUUGAUCUUAUUAAUUGUGAAAUAGUGGUUUAUUGAUUAAGGUGUUCCACCGUCAAUCUCGUUCAUUUUUAUUCAUUUCCAUUGGAGCAGCUGAAUAGUAUCAUCGUUAUCAUCAUUUUGAAUCCCUUUACCUAUUGAAUAAGGUUAUCGGUUAAAGUGUUAAGUACUUGAUUAGUGACUUACAUUGUCUGUCUAUGUCUAUUUGUGAAUGUAUGUGUAAAUAUGUACUACAUUAUAAUUGUUCUCUUAUUACCUUUUAUUCAUUCAUUCAUACAAGAUGUGAUAGACUCCAAGUUUUUUUCUUCAAUUCUAUUGAUUAGUUAGUAUUUUUGACAAAUCAAUCAUGAUCAUUUUCGAUCAUUUUGCUUUUAAGGUACAAUGUUAUGCAUACAUACUCAGUGUAUAUAUGUGUGUGUGUAUGUGCUCUUCUGGCAGUUUUGUGAUUUUUAUUUUCCUGUUUUCUUUUGUUUGUUUUUGAGUUUAUCUUUCUUUUUUUUCGUGUUAUUUAUUUGUUUGUUUAUUUCCAUACAUCUUAAUUCCUUGAUGAAUAUGAAUAAAGCGCUAAGAACAAGACAUCCAAAAUAAAAUGAAUUCAUCAUUA